GAAUAUCGGAUGCAGUUUGUGUCAUCGGAAUGUUUGACAGUAGUGAAAACAAUCAAAAUAUUGUAGUCAACAAAACGAAGUAACAUCUUUCAGUACUGUUUGUCGGUAUCGCGAUGAAGAAACUAGAAACUGGUUUCUAAUCAACUGUUUAUUGCUAAGUGGGCAUUCAAAUAUGUGUUAAAUAUAGUUAUGGUGUCCCUCCGUGUUUUGCAAACAUGGGGAACUAUUAAACAACCUGCCUAGCAUGUUGAUCGUUGCGUUGAACCCUCGCUAACAAACAAACAACGGGUGCAAUGGCAAACGAGACUCCAUGUGCAGUGUGCUGCUCAAUGAUAGAGAGCGAGUACAAGGAAAUAUUUGUCGCCGAAAAUAAACACAUUGUCGCCAUAAUUGCCCAACAUUUAUGGUUUGAGAUUACUGAAACACCCGGAUGUAAAUUUAUUUGCACAAAGUGCUGGGUCUGCUUGAAUGAUUUUCAUGAGUUCUACGAACGCGUCGAGGAGCUCCGUAGAGUGGAACAUUUUACCAUCGAGAACAAGAAACUGGAUGAAUCUACCGACACCACCGAUUUAAAGUAUAGACCGGAAUUUCUUGAGGUGAAAGUCGAACCGAUCGAAGUGAAUGUUGAAGCUACGGAUGAUACGGUGGUUUCGGGAGAGAAAUCUGUUUCAUACACUUUUAUAAAGUGCGAAGAAACGGAAGAACACGAUCCAACGGCGCUAUCCUCGGAAGAUGAUGAGCAACUAAGUCCUAAAUCUUCUUCCUCUUCGGAAUGUUGGUCGCAGAGAAGAAAAGGAAAGCCACGUGAAAGGAAAUUGCCUAAGCCCGAUGAGGCCGACGAGGAAACGAAAAAGGAAGUUAAGGCAGCUGCUCAGAAGGAAGAGGACACCGGUUUGCUACAAUUCUACAAGCGUGUCGUUUGCGAAGUAUGUGAUAACCAUCGGAUGAUGGUGGGUGAGCCGCAAAUAGAUUACGGCACGUGGAGGGCCUUGCUGCGGCACACCAAGGAGGUUCAUAGCCACGACAAGAUAUACGUCAAGUGCCCGCUGUGUGAUUUGAAACUGCGGACGAAGCAGGCCCUGCUGCAGCACAAGGAAAUGCACGAAAACCCUGAGAAGUAUCGUUGUGAGCUGUGCGGGGAAAUUCAUCAGAACAUGAAAGACCACAUGCAGAAUAAACACCAAGAGCGGCAGUUCUGUUGCGAUGUUUGUGGCAAAAAGUUUCCUUUCAAGAAAAGACUGACGGUGCACAUGAAAAAGAUGCACGUAGAGAAAGACAUUAUCUGCGACCAGUGUCAGAAACCGUUCACCAAGUACACGAUCGAAGAUCACAAACGUUCCGUUCACACGGCUCGUUUCGUAUGCGAGCAUUGCCCGAAAACGUUCAACAGCCGCUUUCGUCUAAAGCAGCACAUGGAGGAGCACGAUGAAAGUUUGCGUAAUUCCACCGCCGUACCGUGCACGAUUUGUGGCCAAGUGAUGCGUGACAAAUACAUCCUAACAAGGCACAUCAAGCUGAUGCACACCGUACAGCCAUCCGUGAGUUGCAGCACUUGCGGAAAAACGUUCAAGUGCAAACGCAAUCUAUGGGUUCACAUGAAAAAUGUUUGCAUGGAACCGACUCGACUUUACCCCUGCACCAUUUGUGGCAAGCAAUUUCGACGCAAGAACAAGCUGAAAGAACACAUGUCGACGCAUACGGGAAAGCCACUCUACAUGUGUUCCUUCUGUCCGGAAACGUUUCGGCAGGAUACGCAUCUGUACUAUCACCGUAAAAAUGCUCACUACGAGCAGUGGUUGGAAAUGCAACAGCAGCGGAAAGAAGGAGUACGAUUUAAACUGACCGAACUGCACGCAAUGGAGCCAUCGGAAAAGUGCACCAUAUGCUUCUCGACGAGCGAGUCCGAUUAUUUGGACAUUUUUGCCAAAGAUAACGUUAGCAAAAACAUGGCCGCGGUUAUUGCUAAACAUCUGUGGUUCGAGAUUUCUCCAUCCUUAGACAAUCAAAAAGUUUGUACAAAGUGUUGGUGCUCGUUGGAGAGUUUCCAUAUUUUUUACCAAGAGAUUGAACAGCUUCACCAUCAACAACAACAACAACAACAACGUCCAGCGAGUAGAUCGAAUGGGAAGGCAAGAUCGGUUUCGCCAGCACCGCUGCAAGGACCCCCGUACAAGACAGAAUUCUUGGAAAUCAAAGGUGAGCCACUCGAAGAUGAGGAGGACGAAGCGCGAGCGGUCGAUGCAAUAGAUGAAGAGUUUGACGAAAAAGCGGAAUCAAACGAAACCAUUAAGAGCGAAGACUCCGACGAAUUUGAACGUGACUCCUCCCCGUCUGACGAUGAUGUCAAACGACGCAGCAAAAAAUUGACCACCGGCGCUCGGUCUAGGAAGGCCUACAAGAAAGACCGCUCUGAUACCACGCUAAAGAAACGCAAGGCAGCGGGACGGGUUUCGGUUCACCCGGACGAGGACAAGGCCAUACUGCAUUUCUACAAGCGGAUAGUGUGUGAAGUUUGUGACAAUCAACGGAUGAUCGUCGGGGAACCGGUGAUGGAAUUUCUCACCUGGGGCGCCCUGUUGCGGCACACGAAGGAGGUGCACGGACACUACAAGAUUUUUGUGCAAUGUCCGGUGUGCGAGAUGAAGCUGCGCACCAAGGUGACAUUGUGGCAGCAUAUGGAUAUGCAUACGAAUCCGGACAAGUAUCGGUGCGAGGUUUGCGCCGAAAUCCAUCAGAACAUGAAGGAGCACAUGCAGAACAAGCACGAGGAAAGGCAGUUCAGCUGUGAUCUUUGUGGUAGCAAAUUUCCCUUCAAAAAGCGGCUGGUGGUGCACAUGAAAAAGAUGCACGCCGAAAAAGAUGUCCCCUGUGAUCAGUGCGACAAGUCCUUCACAAAGUACACCAUCGAAGAUCACCGGCGAUCGGUUCAUAUGGCCCGGUUUGUUUGCGAGCACUGCCCGAAAACGUUCAAAAUACGCUUUCGGCUACAGAAGCACAUGCAAGAGCAUGACAAGAGUCUGCGCACCUCCACCUCGGUACCGUGUCCGACCUGUGGUCAGGUGAUGGGCGAUAAGUACAUCCUUAGGCAGCACAUACGGCACAUGCACGCGGAGCGACAGGCGGUGGACUGUGAAACGUGCGGGAAAACGUUCAAGAACAAGCGCAACCUGUCGGUGCAUCUGGCCAACGUGUGCAUGAAACCGGCACAGCUCCACGCGUGUUCUAUCUGUGACAAGCAGUUUCGGCAUAAAAAUAAGCUCAAAGAUCACAUGUCGUGUUGCGUACCGAACUGAAUGACCCCGUCCGCUAAGCAAAUAAGGUCCAGUUAGGUGCCGAAAGUGUUGGCAUCCAUAUUCCUUAACGAGAACGAUGGUUCGCGGGAAGUAAUGGAUGGAACUUAAAAUAGUAUUUUUACUAACUGGGAAAAACUUCCCAUGGAGGUGUCAAUGGUGAACGAGGAACAAAGGAAUAGCGAUAUACCUUCUUAUGCAGGCAGAGGAAGGAUGGCCAUUAACUUCCGUUUUACUGUCCUAUGCGAUACAUCGGUUAUGAAGCGAGCGGUCAGCGGUUACCGAGGAUGAGAGGUUUCUCGUCAAGGAUCGGGCCUUUGCACCUUGAAAAGAACAAUUUUUCCAAUUUCAGAAACCGUAAUGUGCGAGGAGUAUCCUUUCCGAUAUCAACCGACAAGUAGGCGAUGGAAAACUUCGGGCAUUUCCACUCACAGCAGACGAAAAGCUCGACGGUAGGAGGAGGUGAAAUGUGCAGUAACUUAAGUAAUGUAGUCGAUAUUCGACAUGUACAAAGCUAGUUUUAAGUAUUUUAAGUAUGUGCAAUAUUUAUACAUCAUGCAUCGCCCGUGCAUACCGAUCCGGACCAUAUAAAAAAACAAUUUC